AUGACAACCCCCGCCAACCUCAUCAUCGUCUGCUGCCACGGCAUCUGGACCGGCGGCCCCACACACGGCCGCGCCGAGUCGGAGUGGCUCAUCGCCAGCUUUCAGGCCGGCGAGACCCCGACGUUCAUCGAACACAUCAAAGCCGGAUUGACGGAGCUGCGGGACGACCCGGCUUCCGUGCUCGUGUUCUCGGGAGGACCAACACGCAAAGAAACCCGCCUCUCGGAGGCAGAAAGCUACGCCAACCUCGCCUCUUGUAACGACUACUUUGGCAUAUUCCCCUCCUCCCCAGACGCCACCACUCGCUUCACGUCCCGCAUCCACACAGACACCCUCGCCCUCGACUCCUACCACAAUGUCCUGCACUCCCUCCUCCUCUUCCACCGCCUCCACUCCUCCUGGCCGCGGACCCUGACGGUCGUCAGCCACGGCUUCAAGAAGCCGCGCAUCGUUGACGGCCACUGCGCUGCCAUCGGGUUCCCGCUCGAGAGGGUGCGCUUCGUCGGAAUCAAUCCGCCAGGGAUGCAGGCUGCUACCGACGUGAAGGGAACGGCAGGCGAAGGUCAAGGCAAAGCGGGAGCUGUCGCUGGCGUGCAGCGUGCCGUGGACGAGUGGACGCAGGACCCGCACGGCGUCGGGCCGAGUCUGGCUGGGAAGAGAAGGGCAAGGAACCCCUGGGGCCUGGACGAUAGGCUAUUCACGAGCGAGGAGGAGAGGAUGAGGAGUGGUGUUGUCACAAGGAUUGUAGACGGCCACGAGGCGUUGGUGGAAGACGCGAAGAGACCGUGGGCUUAUUAUACUCCUUAG